CGCAAUAAGACGUUGCUGGAUCUAAACGGACAACCGCUGGAUUUUUUUUUGAAAAGCGUCGGAGUUUCUAAUGAACAAUACAUCGACGGGAAAAUGGAACUGUUCUUCAACAAUGGCAGAACGGGCAAUUUAUGUUUUUUAAGGCCUAUUUUCGGGAAAUGGAAUAUCAGUGCAUCGCUACCUUGCUGGAUUCUAUUAUUUGCAGUCUGCUGUGUUGGCAACACAUCUGGAGAAGACGCCGCGUCGGGCUUAGUCACCACGCCCGAGAGAAAGCGCUUUGCCGCGAAAUGAAAUGCAUUAAUUUGAGGUUUUUCAGUUAGCUAUUGAGCUGAACGUUGAGUCUGACGCAAUAGCAUGUUUGACAGGGGGAAAGUAAGCGCCGAUCGUUUGACGGGUCGUGGACACGAAGGAAAACAAAGAAAAAUCACACCAUUUCCUCUCGAGUUUAUUGUUCUAGCAAUGACGUACAGUGCUCUUGCUUUCGCAGAUGUGCGUUUAUAGAGCAUGUCAUCGCUGCAGUAUUUAACUAUCUGGAUGUAAACACAAACGACCCAUGUAGCAUAUUCUUUUGCCAAAAUGUUGCCCCUUCUCCCACACUGCUUGAUAAAAUAUUAAUAAGGGUAAAAUAUUGCAGUAGUCUUCUGUAAAGUAAUGAAUGUGAUGUCAAAACAAACAUGGAGCAGCAGUUACUGGCGAGAAAUGCAAGGUUUGCUACAAAGGGAUAUAUCAAAUGCAGAACACAAAAAAAGAUACAAAAACGUGCAUUUUCACUUGUUGCUAGUGUUUUAGCAACAGCUGUUACAAUGAUGAGACACCCUUGAUUUUGAGUGUGAAAUAUAAGGUGUUGAUGCUGCUUGUCAUUUUUUUGAUAUGACUGUGGGAUGAAUCACGGCAUCAAUCAAUAACCAAUUGCAAGAUAUCCACAGGGAGCCCGUGUCACAUACUAUACUAUAUGGUUAAAUUAGUGGAGCACGGAUUUUGAAAUACUUGCUUUAGAUGUUGAACUGUAUGUCAACAGUCAGCUCAGACUUUGUUUUAAUCUGACAUCUCAAAACAGAAAUGAACAAUUGCAGUCAGGCGCUUACUUUUAACAAGUCAAAGAAGCCAGCGGCAGUAAAACGUGUCACAUCUGUCAGUCUUUUUUUUUUUUUAGUUCACUGGAUGGUGGAUUUUGUGACUGACAUUUCGAAAACUACUGUACCAAUGGAUGAAAAGGAUCAUCAUUGAUUUUGCUGAGGACAAUGACUGUGACUGCACAAAGGGGUGGGCAAGAUUGUAUUUUUGAGACUCAUCAAUGGAAUCAGCCAUUAGUACUGCCCUGUGGGAAAGGAGUGGCAGCAACAACACUGCUGACAUGUCAGUUUUGAGCACCACCAACCAAAUGAACACCGAAGUAUCAAGGGUUGUUUAUUCAUUUACCAACCUCGUGACCACCACCCCAGAGGCCACAGUAUCCACCAGUGAAAAUCUAACUUCGCUCAGAGUCCAAGGAAGCCAUGAGACACCAACACCAUUAGUACUGAGCGUCGCAGAGGCAAACACAGUCCUGAAGGGCAUUUUGGUGGCAGCCCAGGCCCUAGUUCUCCUCUCCAUCUUCCUCCUCUCCAGCCUUGGUAAUUUUGCAGUCCUAACUGUCAUCAUCAAACACAGACAGCUACGGACAGUUACAAAUGCAUUCAUCAUGUCUCUGUCGCUGUCCGACUUCCUCACAGCCAUCCUAUGCCUGCCGUUCUCCUUUGUCAUGCUCUUCAGUAAGGACGGUGUCUGGAUGUUUGGGCAACGUUUCUGCAUGGCUAAUGGAUUUUUCAACAGCUGCUUUGGCAUCAUCUCUACCCUGACCAUGACUUUAAUUUCGUUUGACAGGUAUUAUGCCAUCGUCAGACAGCCACGGGCUACAAUUGGACGACAGAAAGCCACUAAGUUGUUGAUCGCUGUGUGGUUAAUAGCAAUUGUUUUUUCUCUCCCGUGGUAUGUUUUAAUGCGAAAGUCAACACAAGUCCAUAAGCAAGGUUUCUACCACUGUAUGUAUGUUUUCCACUCUGGGACCUCGCGUCUGGGGACAGCAUAUAGCAUUUCUCUUAUAAUUGUGUGUUUUUUACUGCCCUUUGCCCUGAUGUGUUUCUGCCACUACAACAUCUGUAAGACAGUUCGUCUCUCUGAAAUACGAGUCAGGCCAGUGACCACAUAUGCUUACUUACUACGAUUCUACAGUGAGAUGCGCACAGCCACCACAGUUCUCAUUAUGAUUGUUUUUAUCAUUUUUUGCUGGGGUCCAUAUUGUUUAAUGGGGUUAGUCACCGCAUUAGGGGACUACACUUUCAACCCUGCGAUGGACACAUUUGCCAUCUGGCUUGCGUGGACAAAUGGAGCCGUCAACCCCCUCAUCUAUGCAUUGAGAAACCCCAAUAUAUCAAUGUUACUGGGACGGAGUCGAGAAGAGGGCUAUCGGACCAGAUGUAUAGCGGCGUACUUGUCUAACCACACCCAGAAUCGAGAGAUUGGACUGAAUCAAGUAGAGCGGAUAAGGGACCGCUAUCUAAGUCGAGUGGGAGUUAAUAAUUGCAAACUAUCAAAUUCGAGUCCAGGAAAAAGAACAGAGGUAGAAGGUACUAUGUGGGCUUGUAAAAACCCUGCUGUGUUUUUCUGCAGGGAUACCCAGUCGGAAACCAAAACAACAGUCCCCAAAUUUGUCAGUGUACCAAUAAUGACGACCGCCGACACCAGCCUGUGAUAUUUAAAAACAAAAGGGGACCGCUGUAUGUUUUUUUAAGUGUUUUUUUUAACAUGUUGUAUUUUAAAUUCUCUUGUUGAGUAACAGGUGUUCUGUAGUGAGAAAUUAUAAAACAUUAUUAGCAAGCUGAUUCACUCUUCCAGAUAAGACAGAAUUUUUUUUUUUAAAUUUUAGUUUCUGAAAAUCAUAUUUAAUUCGGUACCUAAAUUCAGAUUGUAAGAGGAACAUGAAAAUGUUACCCACUAAUAAACUCAUAUUUGUUCUUUUUUUAUU